UGAUCUAUGCCUGGACUUGGAUGACGUCACGCUCUCCUUCGACGUGCUGUGCAUGCGGACAAAGUGAGGUUACAUUAGGCGUAUGACUAGCUGAGGCACGUUUAGGGUGUGCAGGGACAAGAAGUGUCAUCGGCGAGCGAUGUCGAGCAAAACCAAGAGCAACAAGCAGCGACACAACCAGGAGGAAGACAGGAACGAGGAGGCGAUCGAAAAUGGGGCGACCGAAGACGCAGAAAUCGCAAAGAAAAUCGCGGACGUCGAGCUCAACGAGGACACGCCGAGCAAGAAGCUUACGCACAAGGAGAAGAAGAAGUUGAAGAAGCAGCAGGAGUAUGAGCGGACGAUGGAGAUGCUGACGAAGGCUGGCGGCCAGGGUCACAGCGAACUCGAGUCCAACUUCACGGUCUCGCAGAGCCAGACGCAGCAACGUAGCAUCCAACAGCUGGACCACGCGGUCGACAUCAAGGUCGAGAAUUUCAGCAUAGCGGCUAAGGGCAAGGAGCUCUUCACCAACGCCAGUCUUCUCAUAGCGCAGGGCAGACGUUACGGUCUGGUGGGACCUAACGGUCAUGGCAAAACUACUCUACUCCGCCACAUAGCCAAAAGAGCCUUCAAUAUUCCAAGCACCAUAGAUGUUCUAUAUUGCGAGCAAGAAGUUGUAGCGGACGAUACUCCUGCUGUGGAGGUAGUCCUGAAAGCUGAUAUUAAAUGUACAGAACUUCAGGCAGAGUGUAAAAAGCUGGAGGAAUUGACAGAGCAAGGGGAUACUACUGUGCAAAGCAGAUUGCAGGAGGUUUAUGAAGAAUUGAAAGCCAUUGGUGCCGACUCAGCGGAGCCACGAGCCAGGCGGAUUCUUGCUGGUUUGGGAUUCAAUCGCGCGAUGCAAAAUCGGGCGACAAAGAACUUCUCCGGUGGCUGGCGAAUGCGCGUUUCGCUUGCCAGAGCACUCUUCCUGGAACCCACAUUAUUAUUGCUAGACGAACCUACGAAUCAUUUGGAUCUAAACGCAGUAAUCUGGCUAGAUAAUUAUCUGCAAGGCUGGAAGAAGACUCUUCUUGUUGUAUCACACGACCAGAGCUUUUUAGACAAUGUGUGUACAGAUGUGAUACAUCUGGACCAGCAAAAGUUGUUCUAUUACAAGGGAAAUUAUAGCAUGUUUAAAAAGAUGUAUGUACAAAAGAGAAAAGAGAUGAUAAAAGCAUACGAAAAGCAAGAGAAGCGAUUGAAGGAUCUUAAGGCAGCCGGUCAGAGUAAGAAGCAAGCUGAAAAGAAACAAAAAGAAGCUCUCACUAGGAAACAGGAGAAAAACAGAACAAAAAUGCAGAAGCAAGAAGAGGAAACUGGACCUACAGAAUUGUUGCAGAAACCAAGGGAAUAUAUAGUAAAAUUCAGUUUUCCAGAUCCACCACCACUUCAACCUCCAAUUCUUGGUCUUCAAAGUAUAACUUUUGCAUAUGAAGGACAGAAACCCUUAUUCAUCGAUGCAGAUUUCGGUAUAGAUUUAAAUUCUCGGGUAGCUAUAGUGGGCCCCAAUGGUGUUGGCAAGUCUACCUUCUUAAAAUUACUAAUGGGCGAUAUAACAUCUCAGAAGGGAGAAAUUACAAAGAAUCAUCGAUUGAGGAUAGGAAGGUUCGACCAGCACUCAGGUGAACACCUGACCGCAGAAGAGACUCCAGCGGAGUACUUGAUGCGAUUAUUUGAUCUUCCGUAUGAAAAGGCACGCAAACAGCUAGGUACUUUUGGUCUUAGCUCUCAUGCGCACACGAUCAAGAUGAAAGAUCUAUCAGGCGGUCAAAAAGCACGUGUCGCAAUGGCUGAGCUCUGUUUAAACGCGCCAGACGUGCUGAUCUUAGACGAACCGACCAACAACCUUGACAUAGAAUCCAUUGACGCACUGGCCGACGCUAUAAACGAAUAUAAAGGUGGCGUCAUCAUCGUCUCGCACGACGAACGACUAAUUCGAGAUACGGAGUGCUGUCUGUACGUGAUUGAAAACCAGCAGAUCAAUGGUAUAGACGGCGACUUCGACGAUUACAGGAAAGAAUUGCUCGAGAGCCUGGGAGAAGUUAUCAAUAAUCCCAGUAUAGCCGCAAACGCUGCGGUUCUACAAUAAUCGUCAGCUAAUUAGUAAGAUAUCUUAUUGGUGAUGCAAAAACGAUCGCUGAAUCGCGACCGAAGCCUUGGUAAGGACAUUUGUCCAUCCUAAAACCGCUAGAAACGAAUUUUGUAUUAUAUAAAUAUAUUAAUCAUGCAAAUUUCAAAUUAAAUCUUUGAAAACAUGAAGCUUGUAUCAGCUGACUGUUUUCAUUUACUCA